CCAAGCAAUAGUACGCAACUCAGGAGGAGCCAAAGGAUAUUUAUUUUAUCGCAUGCUCCAGUACUUUACAAUUUGUUUGCGCAGAGGAGCUCGUCUGUAAUAUAUCUUCUCUCUAAUUUAUUCUAGUUUCUAAUGUUAUUUUUCGUCUGAUUUUGGGAAACGUGGAUUUUUAAGUCACUGGAUAUCCGCCACUGUCUGCUAUUAAUAGCGGACCAAGAAACAACACACAAUGGCUUAUCUGAUAUUAACCUGUUUUUUGGCUCUAGUAUCAACACAACUGGUUGAAUCGUCCGGGGUGUUUGAACUGAAAGUGCACUCAUUUAGCAGCAAUCACAAUGUUUGCAGAAGGUCCAGAGACUGUCAGAUCUUUUUCCGAGUGUGUCUCAAGCACUCGCAGGAUGUCAUUUCGCCCGAGCCACCUUGCACCUACGGGACCGGUCUGACAGAAAUCUUCCGCGCUGAUCAGAGCGCCAUCGCCAGUAGCGCGCCCAUCAAGGUUCCCUUUCACUUCAAGUGGCCGGGUACUUUCUCGCUAAUCAUCGAAGCCUGGAACGCCGACUCAACUGAACAGUCUACAGAUAACCACAACAAUCUGAUUAGUCGCAUAGCUACCCGUAGGAGACUAGCCGUUGGCGAAGACUGGUCCCAGGACGUCAAUUUCGCAGAUCAAAGCAAACUGCAUUAUUCGUAUCACGUUGUGUGUGACGAGCAUUACUACGGCGACAGCUGUUCCAACUACUGCCGGCCUCGUAACGACACCUUCGGACACUAUACCUGUGACGGCGCUGGAAACAGAGUCUGUCUCACUGGCUGGGAAGGACAGUACUGUUCUGAACCCAUCUGCUCGUCUGGCUGUAGCGACAAGCACGGUUACUGCGAGUCCCCAGGCGAGUGCAAGUGCCGCCUCGGGUGGGAAGGCCCGCUGUGCGACGAGUGUAUGCGUUACCCCGGCUGCCUGCAUGGCACUUGCGGGCAGCCAUGGCAGUGCAACUGCAAGGAAGGCUGGGGCGGACUGUUCUGCAACCAGGACCUGAACUACUGCACCAACCACAAGCCAUGCAGGAACGGCGCAACCUGCACCAACACCGGCCAGGGAAGCUACACCUGCGCCUGCCGCCCCGGAUUCAGCGGCAGCAACUGCGAAAUCGAGACCAACGAGUGCGACAGCAACCCAUGCAAGAACGGCGGAAGUUGUAAUGAUAUGGAAAACGAUUACUCCUGUACCUGCCCCCAAGGCUUCUACGGAAAGAACUGCGAAAUUAGCGCCAUGACCUGCGCUGAUGGGCCCUGCUUCAACGGCGGAACCUGCGUGGAGAAAAUAAGCGGAGGCUACUCCUGUCGCUGCCCCCAUGGCUACAUGGGCUCCAACUGUGAGAAGAAACUGGACCGCUGCAGCAACAACCCCUGCUCAAACGGUGGUCAGUGCCUGGACCUUGGGCACAGCGUGUUGUGUCGCUGCCGCCCUGGCUUCACCGGGCAUCGUUGCGAGAUAAACAUCGACGACUGCGCCAGCAACCCCUGCCGCAACGCCGGCACCUGUGUGGACGGUGCCAACGACUACACCUGCACCUGCACCCUGGGCUACACCGGCAAGGACUGCGCGGUGCGCUCGGACGCCUGCAGCCUCUACCCCUGCCAGAACGGAGGCACCUGCUUCACGCACUUCUCCGGGCCCGUCUGCCAGUGCCCCGCUGGCUUCAUGGGCACGCGCUGCGAGUUCAGCCUCCAGGCCACCGAGACCAAGGGCUUCCCUGUGGCGCUGGCCGUCUCCUUCGCCCUGGGCCUCAUCACGCUGACCCUGGUGGUGUGCGCCGCCGUUUACAUCCUGCGGCAGAUGCGGCGGGGACGCAAGGGCCUGGCGGCCUCCGUGCGCAACGAUCUGGACACCGUCAACAACCGGGCCUCGCCCUUCCCCCGGGAGAAGGAGGCCUUCCUCAUCCCUGGAGGACCCUACAAAGUCUCCAACAAGGACGCCGAGCUCAGUGCCUCCGAGGUGGCCAGCAAGAACUCCGGCUACAGGCCCAAGCCCAAAGACUACAACCUGUCCGAGGAGGAGAGGAAGUCCAAGACAAAGAUGGAGCAGAGAAAAUCUGAAACCAGCAUCUUGGUUCCCUCACUAAGCUUCCCAAAAGAAGGCCUGUACCACCCAGUCUACAUUAUCCCUGAGCAGAUGGACCAAUGCGUUUUCGCUACUGAGGUUUAACGACAGUAUUCCAUAACCUGGAGCACCUCACCCAGAGGGGACCCUGUCUGGACAUGUUUACAUUUUUAUUUUAAGACAUUUGAAAGAAAUGAAGAGAGUAUAUAUUAUAUCUAUAUAUAUCUAUAUUAUUUAUUAUUUAUUAAUGCUGCUCAUUUUAAAAGAAAGAAACAAAAAAUGACUACUUCUGGGAGGAGCCUCUUUUUCCAGAGGGACAAAUGGAUGAUUGUGGGAAGUCUGAAGACAAAGUUAUAGGAAGCAGGAAGACUGACCGGAAUUAUUUGCACUACAGUUUUUUUUUUUAACUGUCACAAUUAUUAUAUAUUUUCCAGUAUGUUUAUAAUACAUGAAAUAGUGAAGAAGAGAAGACAACAUUCCACGCAGAAUGCAUAGAACCAAGGAUUUUUUUGAAGCGCAAUGCAUCAGGAUUUUUUCUCCUUUCCAAAUUUCAUGCAACUUUCAAGAGCAGUACUACAAUGGUGCCUUUCUCUGGGGACCUUAUAUUUCAGCUCAAACCUGCCUUCCCAUUGUAAAGUCUUACAGUUCUGUGAUGAAGGAACUAUUCCUCUGGAGUACAGAAUGAAUCUCGCCAUAGGCGUGGUCAGAGACACCUCUUCCUCUUGGGGACAUCUUUGGGAUCCUAAGAUGUCGAUAUCUCAGUUUGUAAAAUUUAGACCGUAGAAAUAUUUUUUUCCCCCAUCCAUAGUAAUGGAUUAGAAUGUUAUCAGUGAUGAUAAUUGUUUAGAAAAUGCUGACUCAGCAAUUGGGUUUCAUUAUAAGAUCCAAUGACUGUUUCCAGUUGGGCAUAUUUCUCCAGUGGAUAUUAGCAAGGUGCUGUAAUUAAGCUAAUGAAAGCAUUCCAAGGAAGCCCAAUGGGUUACAAUUAAUAAGUGCCUUUUCAAGAUAUAGAAAUAAUAUAUGGAAAAAUGGUACUUAUCCAAACACUGAACAUUGUAAUACCAGCCUUUGUAUACAUUUAUACCUGUCUGAAAUGUUUGCAUGUAUUUGAACAUCUCUUUGGGAGUAUAUUUUUCUAUAAACACAACACAAACUAGUCAGAAUAGUAUUGAUCAUCCUUGUACAAAUGUGUGUACUUUUGGGUGUGAUCCAUUUGUAAAAAACAUUUGUUUAAUUUACUGGUGAGCUAUUUACACCACUCAACAUACGAUGAAAGUUCCAUGCUUCAGUUUCAUCCUGUUUACUUUUAUUUCCUUCUUCUUUGACCUCCAGUCCCUUAUAUAUAUUUUUUGCAAAAUGAAGGAUUUUCAUUUUGUUCUUUAUUUUUUUAAACCAAAUAUUUUAUCAUCAUUCUGUUUUAUUUUAUAUUAUUAUAUUAUUUGUAACUAUUAUUUUAUUAAUUUAACAAUGCAAUGUGUACAAAUGCCUCAAGAUAUCCUUUCUAUAUAAUUUAAGUUUUGUAAAUAUUGUGUAUUUAUAAAGAGAAUUGUAUAUAUGUCUAUGUUACAUGUCUAUAAUUGUCACAAAGUCAAAAAUAUAUAUUUUUCUUAAAUAAACUGAAAAAUACUCA